AUGGCGGACUUAAACCGACAGCUGCAGGAUUAUUUGUCUCAGUCUAAAGGCGCGAAAACCGUCUCUCAGUCCGGCUCCAGCACGGCGUUGGACAUGGGCGAACCGGAGCCGGUACCCGGGAGCUGGUUCGGCCAGUGGUCCACCCCGUGGACCGGCCAGAGCUCCAACGGGAACAGCAGCUCCUCUUCUUCUUCUUGGCCGUGGUCGGCGGAACCGGACCCGUGUCUGCCGGGGAUGAGCCGCCGGCAGCGGCUCGUGGGCUUCGGCGUGUGCGCGUGUUUCUCCGCGCUAUGUUUCGGACUGUCCGCACUGUAUGCGCCCCUGCUGCUGCUCUACGCCCGGAAGUUCGCCCUCCUCUGGUCACUCGGGUCACUGUUCGCCAUCGCGGCCGCGGCGGUGCUGCGCGGCCCCAGCAGACUCAUCUCCGGCCUGCCCUCGAACCCCGGAGCCGCCGUGUACCUGUGCGCGCUCGGCGGGACUCUGUACGCGGCGCUCAGCCUCCACAGCACAGUGCUGACCGCGCUGGGCGCCGCCCUGCAGGUCAGCGCCAUCGUCGGCUACGUGGUGUCGCUUCUGCCCGGAGGCAGCGCCGGGAUCCGGUUCAUGGGCGGCAUGGCGGCCUCCGCCAUCAGAAGAACCGUGAGCGGGAAAACCAUGUCCAUCUGAGCACACAUUCCAGGACUUAUUGAUCACUGAUAGACUCAUGUCAGCUGAUCACACCUGUUUACACAGUGUCACGUGGUUUUGACAAACAGAAAGUGAUGUGUGUGAUAAAAACUGUCAGACACAGACACGAUACAAAGUUAAAGUUCUUAUUCUGACAUUAUGCAAUGAUUGUAAAAAUAUUUUCUCUGAUUUAAUCUGUAAUCAAUAACAUCAACUAAAUGAUGAUAAAUGUUGUCAUGUUACAUAAACACAUCUCCAUGGUUA